GCAUCGUGAGCGAAUUUGAAUUCAGUGCCUCUUGGCACCCCCCAAUCAUAGUACCUGAUACCUAUUACUACUGCUGUGUACGGUGUAGUAGUCGUGCCUGCCUCAUUCCCCCCGGCGUCCUCUUAUCCCGACCAGUCCUUUUAUACCCCUCCCAUUCCCCCUCUUCUCCAUCUCUCCCCUUCUUCUUCCCUCACCAUCAAUCAAUCUUCCUCCUUCACAAUCAGCCUCGUCCAACCAGUCUCUCUACUUCCUCCGCUUCUCUUAUCUACCAACCUUUCUCUUUCUCUACCUUAUCCACCACUGUUCUCGUGACUACUGCACCAUGGGUAAGAAGGCUAUCCAAUUCGGCGGUGGCAACAUCGGCCGUGGCUUUGUGGCCGAAUUUCUCCACGAGGCCGGCUACGAGGUUGUCUUCGUCGAUGUCGUUGACAACGUCGUCGAGGCCCUGCAGAACACCAAGUCGUACGAGGUCACCGAGGUCAGCGAGGAGGGCGAGAAAACCAAGACCAUCACCCACUUCCGUGCCAUCAACUCCAAGACCAACAUGGAUGAUGUCGUCCACGAGAUCGCUACGGCCGACGUCGUGACCUGCGCCGUGGGCCCCAACAUCCUCAGGUUCAUCGCUCCGGCCAUCGCCAAGGGCAUUGAUGCUCGCACCGAGUCCAAGCCCGUGGCGGUGAUUGCCUGCGAGAAUGCCAUCGGGGCCACCGACACCCUGCAUGGAUUCAUCAAGCAGAACACCAACCCAGACCGCAUCAGCUCCAUGUCGGAACGCGCCCAGUUCGCCAACUCGGCUAUUGACCGCAUCGUCCCCCAGCAGCCUGCCAACAAUGGCCUGAAUGUCCGCAUCGAGAAGUUCUAUGAGUGGGUUGUCGAGAAGACUCCCUUCGGCGACGUUGGCCACCCCGAUAUCCCUGCCAUCCACUGGGUCGACAACCUGGAGCCUUACAUCGAACGCAAACUGUUUACUGUCAACACCGGCCACGCCACUACGGCCUACUUCGGCCACGUCCGUGGCAAGCAGAUGAUUGCCGAUGCCCUGGCCGACCAGGAGAUCCGUGUUCUGGUGCACAAGGUCCUCGACGAGACCGCAUCGCUCAUUGUGGACAAGCACGGUAUCUCCGAAGAGGAGCAGAAGGAGUACGUCCAUAAGAUCAUCAGUCGCAUCUCCAACCCGUACCUCGAGGACAACGUGGACCGUGUGGGGCGGGCUCCGCUGCGCAAGCUGUCCCGCAAGGAGCGGUUCAUCGGCCCGGCCUCGCAGCUGGCAGAGCGCGGUCAGAAGUAUGAUGCCCUGAUGGAGGCUGUGGAAAUGGCCCUGCGGUUCCAGAACGUGCCCGGCGACAAUGAGAGCGAGGACCUGGCCGAGAUUCUCAAGGAACAGUCCGCGGAGGAUGCCACCACCCACCUCACCGGCCUGGAGAAGGAGCACGUUCUGUACCCUGCCGUGCUGGAGCGGGUGCGCAAGGUGCAGCAGGGAUCCAAAUAAGAACACGCUGUGCAGUCUUUACAUGAUGUUCACGAUUACGAUUACGAAAACUGCGAGCGCCUCCAACGCAUUUGUCUGAUGCAUGUUACUACUGGCACCGCCGCGGGACGGUACGGGCCCUGGGAUACGGCGAAUA